AUGGGUGCUACGACCGUGUCAUCAAUUGUGCGAGAAACAGUAAAAGCUAUGUGGGACAUAUUACAACCUCUGCAUAUGAAACUUCCUACCGAAAAUGACUUCAAGAACACUGCAAAAGAAUUCUACGAAAAAUGGAAUUUUCCCAAUUGUCUGGGGGCAAUUGACGGAAAACAUAUUCGUGUGAAAUGUCCUCCUCACUCUGGAACUAUGUACUAUAAUUACAAAAACUUCUUUUCUAUUGUUCUCCAAGCUGUUACUGAUGCAAAUUAUAGAUUUAUAACGAUUGAUGUUGGAGGGUAUGGCAAGCAGAGUGACGGGGGUACAUUCCGAUCCUCAUCUCUAUUUCAUCUGAUUGAGAGUAAACGUCUAAAUAUUCCUGAAGAUGGUACAUUACCGCUCACUAUGAUCACUGUACCCUAUGUUUUUAUCGGAGAUGAAGCCUAUCCUUUAUUAAAUAAUCUAAUGAAACCUUUUAAUAGAAGAAAUUUAGAUGCAGAAAAAGAAUAUUACAAUAUGCGCCUUUCACGUGCAAGACGUGUAGUAGAGUGUGCUUUUGGAAUCAUCAGUGCCAAGUUUCGUAUUCUUUUCAAGCCCAUAGAAGCCUCUCCAGACUUAGCAGAUGAUAUUAUUAAGUGUAUCUGUAUUCUACACAAUACAAUAAUUGAUAUAGAGGGCAUUCCAAUUCAAGAUGAACAAUUUUUGUCCCAAUCCGAGUCUCAAUGUAAUAACUCGGACGUUGUGCGAGCAAAUAAUAGGCCAACAGCAUCUGCCACUUUUAUUAGAGAGACGUAUAAAAAUUACUUUCCGAAAACUACAGAGGAAUGGAAGAAAAUUGCACUGGAUUUUCAAGAACGAUGGGAUUUCCCACAUUGUUUAGGCGCUAUGGAUGGCAAAUAUGUGCAAAUUACAGCUCCCGUAGGAAGUGGAUCAUAUUAUUUUAAUUAUAAGAAAACCUUCAGCAUAGUUUUAAUGGGAAUUGAAAAUGCUAAUUACGAGUUCAUAUACUGUGAUGUUGGAACCAACGGUCGAGUAUCUGAUGGAGGGGUCAUUGAAAACACCAAAUUUAUGAAGUAUUUGGCAGCAAAUAAACUUAAUUUGCCACCACCAGAGACAGUUGUACCCGGUGAACCAACAUUGAAUUAUGUGUUUGUAGGAGACGAAGCAUUCGCAAUACGACACGAUUUUUUAAAACCGUAUAAUCAAAGAGAGCUGGACUAUCCAAAAAAAGUGUUCAACUACCGUUUGAGUAGAGCUAGACGAGUAGUAGAAAAUACUUUUGGUAUUCUGGCUAAUCGUUUUAGAGCUAGUGAGUUAGAAGAGACGACCUGGGUACCUCCAAGCAUGAAGCUUCUAGAAAAUGUCUCCAAAGUAUUUCGAGGUAGUCUUCAAAUUCCUUGUAUGGGCUAUAUGGCGAAAAGUAGCACUAGUAGAUAUUUACACCAGGUUACCACAGCUGAGGAAGAUUGGAAAUGCCGUUUGCACCCACCCGCUCUACCAACUGACGAAAUAACCUGGAUAUGUUCAGAAUGCGGAGAUUGGAUGUGUAAACCUAGCGUAGAAUUGCCAAAGAUCAACAUGACCCUGCACGAAGCACUCCAGAAUCCCGUUUUAGGAAUAUCUGAGCCGUUAUGCGACGAUCUGGUGGUAUGUCUAUCGAACCCGUAUCAAGUACUCAGUUGA